AUGCGACAAUCAAGAUUGAUUCUGACCCCAUGCCUUGUGCUAUCAUGUGCUGUAUCUGGGGCAUGGGCGCGCAAGCGAUCAUUCAAUAUAUACGAUGAUAUUCUGGCAUAUCCGCAGUUCCAAGUGCAAUAUCCAGAUGAAUACAUUCUCCAUUCCCAAGCUGAAGACCUACUUCGUAUACAACUCGAAUCGGAGGUGGAUGGAUCACAGCAUGCCCAGAAUGACCCUCAAAUCUACACAGGCAAGGACCACGCUGAUGAUGCCACUCGAGAAGGCGAAAAGCCACAAACGCCAAUAUUCACCUACGAAGAAAUGAUCUUGGAUGACCGAAGGCUUCUUUGCCAAAUACCGCAAGUGGAGCAAGAUCAGGCCAACUCAACAGCCGGCCAAAAGCCAAGCGAAGCAGACGAGCAAAAGGAACUUGCACGCGCAACAGAUCGGGGACUUGAGCUUCUACGGGAGAUGGAAGGCAAAUGCAUGUACUAUGUCUCUGGUUGGUGGUCAUACUCUUUUUGCUACCAGCAGAAGAUCAAGCAGUUUCAUGCAUUGCCAGCCGGCCGUGGAGCGCCCUCCUACCCACCCGUGGAGGACCCUCAUACGCAUUCCUUUAUUUUGGGGCAAUUCCCCGCUGACAAGAAGAAUAAAAAAGAAGAAAAGGCCGGUCAACAGGCGGCGCCUAGAACUGAUAUCGCAGAGCUACACGCCAAAGGUGGCUCACGGUACCUCGUGCAGCACCUACAGGGUGGCACCAAGUGCGACCUGACAGGCCGCGAGCGCCAGGUGGAGGUACAAUUCCACUGUCACCCACAGUCAACGGACCAAAUCGGCUGGAUCAAAGAGCUCACUACCUGCUCUUACCUGAUGGUCAUCUACACCCCCCGUCUCUGCGAUGAUGUUGCCUUUAUGUCACCCCAGCAGGACGAGGUCCACAACAUUGAAUGUCGUGAGAUCCUCAUGCCCGAGGAUGUUCCUGGAUGGGAGGAUGCCAAACAAUGGUACCUGGCCCAGCGAUUAGUUGAAGAAGCAACAACUCAAUCGGAGAUUCAGAUUGUGGGUGGAAUUGUGGUUGGAGGUCGCCAGCUUGUUGGGAUGGACGGCAAGGAGAUUGAAAAGGGCCGCGUGGCUUCAGCUGGCGAGGAACACGUCGAGGUGGUUGCAAAGAGAGAGAAUGGCAAGGUAAAGCAACUGUCUAAGCAGGCAUUAAAGAAAUACGACCUUGACUUGGAAAAACUUGAGGAGCUAAAACAAAAGCUUGAGGAGAUCUCUCAUGGCAGUGACUGGAUACUUGAGGCCGUGGAGGUUAACGGUGCUAUCACAUUCAAAGGCCAUCUGGAUGGAAUUGACGAGGAAACCGACUCAGACGCAACAGCUGAGAAGCAUCAGAGCAAAAAGGGAAAAGAACAAACAGCCCCGGCCCAAGAUGCAUCAUCCCAUGAGCCGAAGAAGCCUAAGAUGAAAGAACCCACAUCUGGAGAUGAAGUGGAAAGCGCUGAUUCAGAGCCUGAGGAUUCAGAAGGUAGCCAGGAAACCUUCAAAGACGAGCUAUGA